AUGGCCUCGAGAUUCAACCCAGGGAAGCUGUUCAUCCGCACCCGCUUCAACUACGAAAAGGUGCCCGGCCAGGACAGCCAGGCCUCGUCCCCACUGCCGCUCUUCAGCAGCAAAACAUGGGGCAACAAAUACCGCCAGCCAGCGUGGGCGAACCGCAUCCAGCGCCCACGUCUCUCGUUUGCGCGUCUCAUCACCCUUGCCGUGACCAUUGUAGUCCUCACCUCAGUUUUGGGUACUGGAAUCUACAGGAGGCAUAGGUGGAGUAGCCCACAACACGGUGGCGACGAAGGCCGGAAACAAUACCACUGGGAGCACUACCCUCGAUUAAACGGAUUCUUCAAUGGUGUUCGCACCCUUGUCCCCUAUGGCGACUGGGUGUCGGAGCAGGACUAUGUCAAGUACUCUCAGAGCCCCAACCCAGAGGACAACAUCAAGCCCAAGUGGCCUGUCAUGCCAAAGGACAACAAGGAGCCGCCCCUCGACCCCAAGCCCUUCGACCCCUACAAGUUCGACUCUCCUGAGUACCUCAAGAACCAUGAUGAGGUCAAGACCUGCUACCUCGACGAGGAGGAGAAGGUCGACCUGCCCGACAUCUACGCUUACCCCGGCAUUCCCCAAAACAUGACUGCGCCCUUCUUUGGUUCAUACGAAGAAAUCGGUUUCGACGACAAAGUGUGCUUUGAGCGCUUCGGCCGCUUCGGUCCCUACGGCUACUCCUACUCCCGUGACGAGGGCGGUCUCGACAUGGACGGCAAGUCUGAAAAGGCCGGUGCCGACAAGAUCUGGAGCUGGGAGAAGAAGGUCGACUACCGCAAGGUUAACUGGGCGGAUGCCAUGAAGCGAUGCCGCGAGAAGAACGCUCACCGCUUCGACAAGAACACGACCGAAAAGACUGAGCCAGCCAAGAAGAAGGUUCCCCGUCACGCCUACGUUCUCCGCACCUGGACUGGCUACAAGUACAGCGACUACCAGAUCCUCACUCUCCGUGCCAUGAUCAACGAGCUCGCUCUCAAGUCUGGUGGCGAGUACGACGUUCACUUCCUGCUCCACGUCAAAGACGACAGCCUGCCCAUCUGGUCUUCGGAAGAAAUCUACCAAAAGGUCAUCGAGGACAACCUUCCCAAGGAAUUCUGGGGCAUGGCUACCCUCUGGUCCGAGCAGCAAAUGCGCAUGUACUACCCAGAGCCCUUCCCCAACAACGUCUACAACCACGCCAAAGCUCCAGUUCACUCCGUCUACCGCAGCGCCCACUUUGCCAUGCAGUGGUUCGCCCAGGCUCGUCCUGAGUACGACUUCUACUGGAAACUGGGAGAUGGAUCUCCGUCUCAGCGGUCACUACUACGAGUUCCACAACAAGAUUGGCGAGAAGCCGACAUCAUCACUUUCAACCCCAUCUUCGAUCCCGCCAAGACCAACUGGGUUUUCCGCGACGACGUAACAGGAUACAACCUCGAGCUUCCGGAACCCCCAAGACGCUGCGCCAUCAUCACUGUUUCACGUCUGUCGAAACGACUACUCGAUCUUAUGCACCGCGAAACCUACCUCAUGAAGCACCACAUGUUCCCUGAGAUGUGGCCACCGACGGUAGCGUUCCACCACGGCCUCAAGGCCGUCUAUGCUGCACACCCCGUGUACUUUGAUCACAACUGGCCUCUCGAGAACCUCGAAGGAACCUUUAACAAGCCCCCGAAGCCCACCGACAGCGUCUUCGGAUGGGGCGAGCACAACCAACUCGGCAACAGCUUCUAUUACAACGCCGGUUUCUCGUCCGAAUGGUGGAGGAGAUGGCUCGGCUCCCGCGAAAACGACAAGGGCGGCCCAGCUGAAGAAGAGGCUGGCACCGGCCGGUUAUGCAUGCGCAAUACCCUUUUCCAUCCAGUCAAGUACGAAAAAGGAUCCGAGUGA